UAAAAAAACACCCUACUAAAAUCCCAUAAACCCUAUCUUGUCCAUUACACAUCACACUCACCUCAUUGGUGGAAACAUCUACUUAUCUCACCUUACCCACACUUUUGUUUCCACUUUCCAUUGCCACAUUCUCUUCAAUCUUCAUUUUCAUCUCACACAAAACACAAAUAAAAAAACUCACAUCACCACCAAGUACACUCCUUCUUAAAAAAACUACUAUCACCACUUUUUUCAAAUCAAAUCUCACUAUAAAUAAGAGAAUACACAAUAGAAUAAACAAAGGAUAAGAAAGAACUUAAAAAAACACCUCUUAGAAACAUAAUCAAAAACAUCAACAGAAACAACAUGAGUACCAUGAAUCUUAACACAUGUUUCAUGUUCAAUCAACUUACUAUUACUGCUUCAACAACCACAACCAGAUCCAGAUCCAGAUCCAGAAUCUCAUCUUUCUAUUUUACCAAAAUACCCAUUUCAAUUUCAACCAUUAAACCAAAAACCCAUAAUCAUAAUCACCAAUUUUCAGUCUCAUCUUUGCUCACAAAACAAGAAACAAUAGAAACUGAAGAAAAACCAGUUUUCAGUUUCAACACUUAUAUGAUUGAAAAAGCGACUAGGGUUAACAAAGCCCUAGACGACGCCGUUUCGUUACGCGAACCGUUAAAAGUUCACGAAGCUAUGCGAUACUCACUCCUCGCCGGCGGAAAACGUGUCCGGCCGGUUCUCUGUUUAGCCGCCUGCGAACUCGUCGGCGGAACCGAAUCCAUGGCGAUGCCAGCCGCUUGUGCUGUUGAAAUGAUUCACACCAUGUCGUUAAUCCACGACGAUCUUCCUUGUAUGGAUAACGACGAUCUCCGACGAGGUAAACCGACGAAUCACAAAGUAUUCGGUGAAGACGUGGCGGUUCUCGCCGGAGAUGCGUUACUCGCUUUCGCCUUUGAGCAUAUCGCGGUGUCGACGAAAGGAGUUUCUCCGGCGAGAAUUGUCCGUGCAAUCGGAGAAUUAGCGAAAUCGAUCGGCUCCGAAGGACUCGUAGCCGGUCAAGUUGUUGAUAUAAACUCAGAAGGUUUAUCAGAUGUUGGAUUAGAGAGACUUGAAUUCAUUCAUCUUCAUAAAACUGCUGCUUUGUUAGAAGGUGCUGUUGUUCUUGGUGCAAUUCUUGGUGGUGGUAGUGAUGAAGAUGUUGAAAAAUUGAGAAAAUUUGCUAGAUAUAUAGGUUUAUUGUUUCAGGUUGUUGAUGAUAUUCUUGAUGUUACAAAAUCUUCACAGGAAUUAGGUAAAACUGCUGGGAAAGAUUUGGUAGCUGAUAAAGUUACUUAUCCAAAGCUUUUGGGAAUUGAAAAAUCUAAAGAAUUUGCUGAGAAAUUGAACAGUGAUGCACAAGAUCAGCUUUCUGGGUUUGAUUCUAAUAAAUCUGCUCCUUUGAUUGCUUUGGCUAAUUACAUUGCUUAUAGGCAAAACUAAACUGGUUUAGUUUUUUGUAAUGUUGAAUUAAACAGUUUAGGGGUUUUAGAUUUAUGAAAUUGUUUUAUCUAUUGGGGAAUGUAUAAAAUAAUUGUCCCAUUCUUAAUUUCCCCUUUCUAUUUGCCUUUGUGUUCAUUUUUGUUAUAGUAUAUGAAUUUGUAAUUAAAAUAUUGUUGUAUUAUCCUUUGGUAAAAGUAUACUUGCCUAAUGAAACACGGACACGACACUGACAUAACCGAUUUUCUA